AGUCAAGAUGACAGAUUUGCUUUCACUGCUGAAUGGUAUGAUCCAAAUGCUUCACUCUUUCGGCGUUAUGAACUUCUGUAUUAUCCAAAAGAUGGAUCAGUGGAAAUGUAUGAUGUGAAGAACCGUCGCACCUUUCUGAAGCGCACCAAGUAUGAGAGCUUACACCUUGAGGAUUUAUUUGUGGGCAACAAAAUUACUGUUUUCUCCCGUCACCUAUCCUUAGUGGACUAUGGGGAUCAAUAUACAGCACGCAAGCUGGGGAGCCGCAAAGAGAGAACGCUGGCUUUAAUUAAACCUGAUGCAAUGCCCAAGAUCGGAGAAUUAAUUGAUAUCAUUAUUAAUGCAGGAUUUACAAUAACUAAGGCCAAAAUGAUGGUGCUUUCAAGAAAAGAAGCAGCUGAUUUCUACGUAGACCAUCAAUCAAAACCUUUUUAUAAUGAUCUUCUCCAGUUUAUAACGAGUGGUCCCAUUGUUGCUAUGGAAAUCUUAGGAGAUGAUGCAGUUUGUAAAUGGAAAACAUUGCUGGGGCCAACAAACUCUGCAGUGGCUCAGGCUGAUGCACCAGACAGCAUUAGAGCGAACUUUGGACAUGAUGGUCUAAGAAAUGCAGCUCACGGCCCAGAUUCAGUUGCUUCAGCUGCUCAAGAGCUGGAGUUGUUCUUUCCCUCCAGUGGAGGUCGCGGACCAGUCAACAGUGCAAAAUUCACAAACUGUACUUGUUGCAUUAUUAAGCCUCAUGCAGUUAAUGAAGGGCUAGCUGGAAAGAUUAUAAAAGCCAUCAUCAAUGAAGGAUUUCAGAUCUCAGCUUUGCAGAUGUUCAACAUGGAGCGUGCAAAUGUGGAAGAAUUUUAUGAGAUUUACAAAGGUGUCGUUGCUGAAUACAUGGAGAUGGUUACAGAGUUGUGUUCAGGCCCUUGCAUAGCAAUGGAGAUUAUACAACCCGAGCCUCCAAAAGUGUUCAGAGACUUCUGUGGUCCUUCUGACCCUGAAAUAGCCCGUCAUCUCCGACCUGGAACUCUGCGUGCUGUCUUUGGGAAGAACAAGAUUCAGAAUGCUGUCCACUGCACAGACCUACCUGAAGAUGGACUUUUGGAGGUAAGACUUGCUAGAAAAACGUGCUUUUAUAUCAGAAGAAGUUUUAAAGUGAAAAG